AUGGCUGACAUUGGUGGACUAAGCCCAGAAGAAAUCAACAGAGUCAUGGAUCUGGAGUGGGAAGAGUCAGCUCAAGAGUGGGAAUGGCACGCAUUGAAUUACGUGAAUCCCAUACCUCCUCUCAUACCUUUCCCUUCUUAUUGUGUCAGUAGGCGAUGUGGAUGGUGUCGUUUCGUGAUCAAGACAGGCGAGAUCGUCAUAGCCAGGUCAUCUGGAGGGACUGAGUCUUCGACCUUUGCAUUCGGAGCUUCAUUUGAUGACAGCAAGCUAUUCGCAACUUUUAAGCGAUGCGAAAGCAAUCACAAUGCUUGUGCAACAACAGGUUAUCAUGUUGAAUGCUCUGCCAUUGCCUCAAGCCUUGGUCUCCAGAAAAACGAUUUCUUGGAUGUAGCUCGAUACUCUUACGAACCGUCGGCCAAAGAAGACAAAAGGCGAGAGGAGUGGAUUUUGAACCACUUGAACCAGCUCAUGAGCGACGAGUUCCCAAGAGUCCCGACAGAGAUAUUGUUACUAAUCAACAAACAUCUCAUCCUUCAUUAUGCGAUUGCUUCGCUGUCUUGUCUUCGUCGGCCGGGUCGGUGCACGAUUGAGCCAUUAAAAGAUGUCUGGGCAAAACACUUCAGCCUAAACGGUAACGAGUAUAUAGCCUCAUUAUCGAAUGCGCCAGAACCUGGCAGCCGACUACUCUGGAAGGCCUCGGAAAGCCGCGAAGAUAACUGUCUUUAUUUCUCAGAAGACCAUUUGGGGAUCAGACAAAUCUUCAACGAUCCAGUGGUCGCAUCAGCUGAAGAGAGAGAAUCAGGCUGGUGGCGUACACUCCCGAUAACAAGUCCAAUACUCACAUUUUCUCAUGAUGGCCUUAAAUUGCGAAGUAUUGCAGCCCUCCCGCUGCAGCCCACUAUCUGCUGGUCGUAUCCAAUGACACCGGAAUCACUGAAGAAUACCGCCUAUCAUGCCGUGACGUGGCCUUCUACAAGUCUGGGCAUGACGGUAGAAGCUCACAUGGUAGCUUUGGACUUCAAUGAACCCAACAUCGUCGCCUACUCCGCGUGUUGGUACGGCGACCGCCUCAUAGAUAUCCAUGUACACAAGACCAGAGAGUCUCUCGACUUUUACCGAGAGGCUGAAGACGAUGCAGUGGCAAGGAGUCCGACUGUAAAGUUGGGUAAUGCUUCUUCAACGUCAAAUCUUUACUGGGUUUAUCAGCCUUUGAACCCCGGAGAGAAAGUUGAACAGGUUUGGCUACGAACAGAGAACGAAACCGAUCAAGGUAACGAUUCGUAUGGAAGGCGACAAGAUCCAGUUUCAUCUCCGCAAGGAGUUGCCCUGCUGACCAGUUAUUCACGAACUCUGGUCAUGGGAAGAACUGAAACAAGUCACAGCGAGUGGAAAUGCAUAGCAAAGACCUCCUCCACAGGAUCUCUGAUGCGAGUAUUCUUCAAUCGAAGUGUGGAGGGUGUUUCCGUCUUCGCAGCCCCGACAGUACGUGGCUGCGGCAAUGAUCCUCUUCCGACAGAAGCGUCAAGCUGGACAGGCGCAGGUCAAAAUCCCAGUAAUUCAGAGGCUUCUCUUGAUGAGGUUUGGCAAGUUGUGGCUUGUAGGGAAAUAGGGGUUAAGGGCAAGGCCGAGAUCACGGGGCUUCUGUUCCAUUAUACAGAUGGCAAACAGGCAUCCGUUGGAAGGUUUCGUUUCGACCGUGCCGAUGAGCCCCUAUCAGUUGCAGAUCACUCUUGUUUUUAUAUCGGACAUAGACUUGAUGAUGAGGGGAAGUCGACUAUGGAUGCGAUAAGUUUAUCGACAUCCGACCUUGGGCAUGAAGAGGGCAUGACGUGGAACAAAGUUCCUUUGAAGGGCAUGUUUGCGUGGUAA